GUUUCCCCUUCUCCACGUCUUUGGUCCCUAUAUUAAACCCUCAACCCCACCCCCUUAAACCCAACACAUCACAAGCUCAGAAAAAGUCUACCUCUCUCUUUCUCUCACACACACUCCAAAAAGUCACCAAUCAAACGCUCUUGGCCUACUAUUCCAACGAUGGCAUCGUCUAUUGCUCUCAGAAGGGUCGCCGCUCCAACUCUCUUGUCCAAGCUAUUCAACCCCAUUCGCUCCAUUUCUCUCGCUCCCUCUCUCUCUCGUUCCUUCAACACCAACACCCAACUCUCCAAAUUCGACGACCACGACGACGUGGAUCGCCGCUCCGACCAGUCCAUCACUCGCCGCCGUGGCCCUGCCUUCUUCACAGAUGUGUUUGAUCCAUUCUCUACAACAAGGAGUCUGAGCCAGGUCCUGAACCUGAUGGACCAGUUCAUAGAGGACCCAUUUCUCGCAGCGUCACGAGGCGUGGGAGCUGGGUCGAAGCGAGGCUCCUGGGACGUGAAGGAAGAUAACGAUGCUCUGUACAUUCGACUUGACAUGCCUGGGCUGGGCAAAGAGGAUGUGACGGUCUCUGUGGAGGAGAGCACACUGAUUAUCAAAGGAGAGGGCGAGAAGUUAUCUGAGGAGGACGAGGAGAGUAAGAGAAAGUACACAAGUAGGUUGGAUUUGCCUCCGAAGCUUUACAAGCUGGACUCAAUCAAGGCUGAGAUGAAAAAUGGGGUUCUCAAGGUGCUGGUUCCGAAAAUAAAGGAAGAGGAGAAGAAGGAUGUGUUCCAUGUUAACAUUGAGUGAGUGAGGUCUGUCUGCGAUAGUGAAUAUGUGAUAGUGUUGCUUGACUCUGUUUUGCUCUGUUUUGAGACUUGCUUUGGCUCUGUUUUUGUAAAUUUUCGUGCUAAUGCAACCUAAUCUUGUUCGAA